CUCAGAGGAGGAAGCCGUCUGGUGUCCUGCUCCUCUUACGCACACCUCGCUGGCUUUUACGCACCAGAGCUCUCCAAGGGACGCGCGUAAAAGUGACCCUCCAAGUCUGUGUGUGUGUGUGUCUGUCUGUGUGUGUGUAUGUAUAUGUGUGUGUGUGUGUGUAUGUGUGUGUGUGUGUCUGUCUAAUAGAGUGACCCCCCAGCACGCCUGUUUAAAGGGAAGACAAGGGAGCUGAGUCAACGAAUCACAAAGCGAAGGAUGCAACAGUUGCAUUUGGAGACACGCAGAGGAUGGUGGCUUUGAUCUGUGUGGAGGAAACAUCGGAUGUUUUGUUGCGUUAACAAGAAUCCAUCAUCUGCAUUAAAGACCAAAACAUCUGUCCUGUGCAGUGCUGGUUUGGUUUGUCAAAUGCACAUUUGGACAGAAAGGCGUUUGGAGAGGUAAUAUGAAGCUGGAGUGCGGAUCUCGGAUGGUCUGCAGCGGCGAGUAGCAGCUCGCAGUCUGCACCAACAUGCAUCGGAUUCUGCAGAGGAGGAGAGUACGCAAGCUGCGGGUCGUCUGGGCUUCUCUGGCGCUGGUGGCUCUGUCCAUGGCGGCGUGCAGCGCACUGUUCACGGCCUGGACCUGGAGACAGACUCGGGACCUGUCCCAGUCCUUCAAGAUCCUGCAGGACCGCAUGGAGCAGGUCAACACACAGAGGAAGGCCAUUGUUCAGCUCAUUCUGGAGAAGAGGGAGCUGCUGGUGGGGCAGAGAGUGAAAAGAGACGGGGGGGCGCAGCGAGGGAGGAAUGGAAAUGGAAAGAAAGCGGCGUCUCAUUUUGAAAUAACCAAAGUCUCCUCUCAGCAAGUGGGAGAGGGCGGUGUGAUAAAGGGCUGGGAGGAGAGGAUGUUGAAUAUGAGUAAAGCAGUGAGGUACAACAAGGAACAAGGUACCUUCACCGUGGAGAAAGCCGGCGUCUACUUCCUGUUCUGCCAGGUGUUGUUCAAUGAGCAGCAGUCUCAGUACGUGAAGCUGGAUGUGGUGACCAGCGGCCUGAGGCCUCAGAAGCUGCAGUGCAUGGAGGGAUACGGGACGACCCCCUCCGCCGGGCCGCACCCGUUCCACUUCCUGAAGCCCUGCCAGGUGUCUGGCCUCAUGCGUCUGGACAAGGGCACGGAGCUGCAGGCCAUCACGGGCUCGUCCUUCAGACUCCACACUCUGGGCAGUACAUCAGCCUCGCCUCACAUCUUCAGCAUCUUCAAAGUCAACUGAGGAUACUCGACUGGGAACAACAACAUGAACUUCUUAUUUUUUGUUGUUGUUGUUGUAUGGAUGAGAUGCUUCUUCCUUCAUGGUUAAAACAGUCAGGAGCAGUCUGGGGGCAUCACAUCGUGCCACACAGCCUUUUUCCAAAAAAACUUUAAUAUGAAACACGACUCUGACAUCGUGAAAGUUUUUGUGGAGUUUUUAUUUUUUCUCUGGACAGCUGUGCUGUUUUGGAACACAAAAACACAGACUUUUGGAUUAAAACCAAGACCCGAAGUGGACAAAAAUGCCUUGAAUGAAUGUCUGCAGAGAGAACAGAUGUGGAGGAAGCUGUGCUGUAGAUUAAGGGCUUCUUAUAAAAAGAGAAAUACUCGGAUGUUCACCUUAGCCUUUGUAUAAUGUAAUAAAAUGUGCUUACACUCUCUUUAGAAGACUGACAGUAAAGCUGUGCAUGCACCUUCCACUUUUAUAUCACCGGUGCCUCGAGAUGCAAAAGGGCACGUCUGCAAGCGUCAGAUCUCGACACUAUAAACAUGAGUUGUCAAUGAUAUUUUAUACAAUGCAGCGUCUGUGCGUGUGAAAUGGGAUGAAUUGAGCAUUACUUGUUUAUACUGAUAUUAUGAUCUUAACAAUGCAAUGAGUGUCUGAGUGUGAAGUCUUUUCUUUAAACACUUUCUAUGUACUUCACGCAUAUUUUACUUUUGAAUUUUUAAACAACAUUGAUGUGAAUUUGUGCUCAAAUUUGAUUGUAAGGUAUUUGUAUGUAUAGUAUCAUUGGCUUGACUUUUGGAGAGUACAUGCAAGUUUGGGUAAGCAUAGCAUGGAGGUUUAAAUGUAUCUAUGUCUCUCUAUUUUCUGCCUUUGUUAUCUGUUUGAAGGCACAAUAACCAUCACUUCAAGAUAUAUUGUUAACCAUCAGAAAAUAGUUAAUUUACUAUAAAGAGUCAUUCAAAUGGUAUUGGAAAAGUUCUCAUGAAUCCAAAUCUUUACUGAAAGUUGAUAUUAAAUAUUACACAGAUUUUGAAUUAAAAAAAAAUGAUUGUUUGGGAUUCUCUGUCAGAAAAAGACAUUAAUAUAAACCUAAAGCAAAAUUCGAGAUCGAUAAUUUACAGUCUGAUGAGCAUGAAGACUGUCACCAACUUAGCUUAGCAUGUUAGCUUGCUAACAUUUUGCUUGUUAGCACUUAACACAAAGUACAGCUUAGGCUGAUGGGAAUGUUAUUGGUUUUUACAGGUAUUUGACGAUGAACCAAAACUUGGUCAACUAAAAAAUUAUUUUUUAUGUUUUUUGCCCUUCGAUGACUCAAAUUGAAUUACUUUCGUAAAGUCAGAGGUAGAGAAAAAUGAUCUUGACCAAUGCACAACUCUGAAAUAACAUGAAGAAAAUAAAACCUUCACCCAUAGGUUUGGGAAAUGACUAUUUAUCUUGGUUAUAAACGUUUUGAUGACCUCCCAGACAAUUGAUUUAGAAAGAGAUUGAUUGUUUAAAAUCCAAUAUUCAUAUUAAAAAAAAUCAAAUUAAGCAUCUGAUGCUUGUCCUGAAAGGUUUCUCAGUCACGUUGUAAGACUGUCACUUUUUUAUUUUGGAAAUGAAAUUCCUUCCAUUCUCUCAUAUGCCGCUGCUUUCUGUAAUAUUCUUCGCUACAAUACAAACAGUGUGUAUUUCUAGCAGUGGGUUCAGCACUCCCACUCUUGUUUAUAAGUAGUUUUUGUGGACGGACCGCAUUGGUUCCUCCUCAGCACUUUACUGCAGCGAACGUGGUGUUUUUUAAUUGGAGCCAAACAUUUAUGUUUUCAAAUGGAAAAAAUGUCAGAUUUUGAAAUGUAGACGUUAUAUCCUGUUUGAUUUCCUCAUUGUUUUCCUCUUCUUCCUUUUUGUGUCUGCCUCACCCACCACCAUCACACCCCCGUGCACCUCAUAUUUCCAUGUCAGCACCGAUCAAACACACACACACACACACACACACACACACACACACACACACACACACACACACACACACACACACACACACACACACACACACACACACACACACACACACACACACACACACACACACACACACAGAGCAGCCGUCUAAAUUUUCACUUCCUGAAUCUGAACCUGAACCACAUAGCUGAAGGUCUUUGAGAAUAAACAUGCAUGCACACACACACACACUCACAGUCUUACACACUUCCCUGCCCCGAUUCCUAUUUUUCUAAAUGUCAAAGUUUAUUAUCACAUCCAAAAAUUUUCUUGUGAAGUCUUGUGAAGAAGUUCUCUGUAAAAUGAUGAUUUAUGCAAUGCCUGGGCGUAUUUUUUUUAAAUGUCUUCUCAACUCACUCAUAACGGUUGAAUAAACUUUUUUGUUGUUGUUUUGGAAAGUUCAUAAAGUCUAGAAAAACAGCUUGUGUGCCUCCACAAUUGUGAGCAGAAAAAGAAAUGAGUUGUCAAAAUGUUAGAAAAUGGAAUAAAUUG